AUGAUAGACGACAUGGAAGACUUGAAAGGGCCAGGGAAGUCGUCUACAAUGUGGCGUGAUUUUCAGAUGAAAAAUGCAUCCACAACACUGGUACCACUCAUACUCGUUAUAUUCGUCAUCUCCGAUUCGUUUCAAAGAGAGUCUACAGUAGAAGAGUUCGCUGCUCAACCAAUACCAAAAUAUGCUCAGGAGUUGACUGGAGAGGCACUGGUAAAAUAUGUUAACAAGAAACAGUCGUAUUUCGAGGCCAAAUAUUCUCCAGAGCUUGCCGAAAUUGCCGAAAAGCGUCUGGGCAGUUUAAUGAAAAUGGAAUUUCUUCAUCAACCACCUGGAGAACAUCGAAUGAUGAUGCCAGCAGAGUCCGUUCUGAAUCAACAAUAUCCGGAGAGUUUCGACGCUCGAGACAAAUGGAAGAAUUGCACCUCAAUUGGAUACAUCCGUGAUCAGUCAAACUGUGCACAUAAGGCUUACAUGCUACCGGAACACGAAGGAGCCAUAAAAGAGCAAAUCAUGACAAAAGGACCAGUCCAAGCAGCAUUCAUCGUCUACGAAGAUUUUUCAUUCUACAAAGGUGGAAUCUAUGUGGUGAGCAAACAUUUGUCAUGCUGCGAACUCUUUGAUAACAAGGGGAAACCAUAA